CACAGAGAAAGCUGGCAACGUUGGAAGUCCAGCAGCGAAUCAGGAUCUGAGUUUCACCACAACCAAGUCUGAGUGUAGUUUCUGGUCUGAAUGGCCACAGCUGCAGAGGAGCCUCCAGGGCUGCAGGGCCCCUCUGGUUAUUCGACUGGAACUCGAAAAAAUGUUUCACCUGAGAGUCCAACCACUAGCAUGUCUCCGAACAUGAAAAAGACCAUCGGCCAUCGUGGAAUUGAUCCCACUGGGGAGACGACGUACAAGAAGACAACAUCAUCAGCCCUGAAAGGUGCUAUCCAGUUAGGCAUCACGCACACGGUGGGCAGCUUAAGCCAGAAACCUGAGAGAGACGUACUGCUGCAGGACUUUGAAGUGGUCGAAAGCAUCUUCUUUCCAAGUGAGGGCAGUAACCUGACACCAGCCCACCACUAUGGAGACUUCAGGUUCAAGACGUACGCCCCAAUGGCCUUUCGCUACUUCAGGGAGAUGUUUGGCAUCCGGCCUGAUGACUACAUGUGUUCUCUCUGUAAUGAGCCACUGAUCGAACUGUCAAACUCCGGGGCCAGUGGAUCUCUCUUCUACCUCUCUAGGGAUGACGAGUACAUCAUUAAGACAGUGCAGCACAAAGAGGCGGAAUUUCUGCAGAAACUGCUUCCUGGAUAUUUCAUGAACCUGAACCAGAACAAGCGUACCUUAUUACCAAAGUUUUAUGGACUCUACUGUGUCCAGGCAGCGGGUAAGAACAUCCGUAUUGUAGUCAUGAACAAUCUGCUCCCAAGCGCUGUACGAAUGCACCUCAAGUAUGAUCUAAAGGGCUCCACGUACAAGCGACGGGCCUCAGCUAAAGAGAGAGAGAAGGCCGUACCCACGUACAAGGACCUGGAUUUCAUGCAGGACAUGCAUGACGGGCUGUUAAUGGAGGGGGACAAGUACAAUGCUGUUUGCAAGACCAUCCACAGAGACUGUCUGCUUUUGCAAAGUUUUAAGAUUAUGGAUUACAGCCUUCUGGUGGGAAUCCACAAUGUAGAUCAGGCUUGUCGAGAGCAGGCCAGCGAAGAGGCUGUGGCCGGGGCUUUGGCCCAAAGUAGGCCACAAGGCCAAAAGUCCCUGUACAGCACUGCUAUAGAGGCCAUCCAGGCUGAGGCAGGGAGCAUGGGAUCACUGGACACAGAGGACAAAACGGGAGGAAUCCCAGCACGAAACUCAAAAGGCGAGAGGCUGCUGGUGUAUAUUGGUAUCAUUGACAUUCUGCAGUCCUAUAGAUUAGUAAAGAUGCUUGAACACUCGUGGAAAGCUCUGGUUCACGAUGGGGAUACUGUAUCGGUACACAGACCGGGUUUCUACGCAGAACGAUUUCAGAAGUUCAUGUGCAAUAUAGUCUUCAGGAAGAUCUUAUUAAAGACCUCCCCAUCUAAGAAGCGCCGUGCAGUGGCACAUGGUCCUUUGAGAAAGACAGCUGGCUCUGGGCCUUCUCUGUUGACCCAAACCAGCAGCAACAGCCAGCACCCUCUCCAAAAUCAAGUCAGCUCUGAGACCAAAGAAGACACUGAAGGAGACAACGUCAUGCAGUCAGGUCGUCCUGACCUCCUGCCCAGCUACGCUGUUGGCAACACUAUGGAAACAGCUGUGUCCUUUGCUCCCACGAGUCAGCCUCCGCCUCACUCUCAGGAUACCAGCAGGUUAGUGGGAGCGAUUUUAAACUACACAUUGAACAAAGACCAGGAGCACAGCACCCCCAAGAGAGCUCAGUUUGGGACUCUUGAAGAAGGUAUCGGUGCUGAGGAUGUGAUCUCACUCAGUGACAUUGUUCCUAAUGCAAGCAAAUGCUCUGUGUAGAUGUGGGAAAGAGAAAUGGACUCAAAUGAACCGAAACAAACUUGGAGGAAGUUACGAGCAUGGAUGAAAUGUUACAAGCCCCCUUGGUGUGAUUUGAGGUACCACAGUUAAAAAAGUUUUACAGUUUAUCAGCGAGACCAAGUGGGAUAUUAAAUGUUUUUUGUUGUUGUUGUUUUUGCACUUUGAUUUACAAAUCUCAACAUGUUAUGAGCACGUAAGUGGGUGGUUGUGUUCCGACACUAGUAAUUGUGGGUACAUUAAUACUGUGGGCAUUGAACACUAUUAUUCAUCUCAUAGGAAUGCUUCUCUGCACAACCAAAGGUUAGCCAGCAUUUGGUGCAGAGUGUAACAUGAGGACUUUGUCUUAUUUAAGAACAGAAGCGUAGUUAUUUCAAAUCCAUUGUCUCCUUUUUGGAAUUAAUUCAUCUUUUGCAUUUACCAAAUUGCUGUUGCACAUCCUCAUGCAUACUUGGCUCUGUAAGUGUCUGUCCCACCACCCAAAGGCUCGAGCCUAGAGGGUUUCUGCUAUAUGUUUUACUUAGAUACUUUAACACAAAACCAUAUUAUUUUUAUUGGGAACACAGUUUUAAAUAAAAGGGUUUAUAGUUAAGAAAUUACUCUAUUCAUACCGGGUAAGCUGCCUUUUAAAAAAAAUAUUUUUUUAAGCUUACUCUGAAUGCAAAUCAUGCUGGAAAAGAGGUAGUCCUCAGCUUGUGGUUUCUAUUUAACCAGCUGCAGUAAUGGACUUGUACUACAUUAAAGACUGUGAAUCCUAAAUGUCACCUCUCAUGUUCAGGUCAAAGGGUUAUUUUAAAAUGAGGUUUUAUUUAUACUUAUACACUGUAUGAUGUGAUAUCAGUGUGUCAGGUUUAUUGUGUACACACAACAAACAGUGACCUGGGGCCUGUCUCAUAAAGCAAGACUAGUGAGUUAGUUAGUAAGUUUGGAGUCAACCUCGUCUUUUUCAGUGGCACAGAGAGAGCUUGAGUCGCAAUGGCAACCAAUGCAGUUUGUGUUUUAAGGGUUUUGGAUCAUUUUUUAAUAUAUAUAUAUAUAUAUAUACAAGAACCACCUCCUCACCAAUCAAUUGGGAGGAGAAGAUUAAGUCACCAUUCUAAAAGUAUCCUAAUGAACAAAAACACAGCAUUCACAUUAAAGUGUCAUGUACCAAAGAGCAUGAUAUUAUUACAAACAUGAUUCAUUACAAUGUAUGUUAUUGGAAAUAGUAAUAUACUAAAUGUUUGCAGAAUAAGCAGGUGGCACACUGGCUAUAAAACAGAGCUUCUAAAAGAGCAGAGCUAAUUCUUAAACCUGCGCCAACUUAAUGCAAAAGGUAACAGCAGCAGUUUAGACCUGAAGAUGUAACAGCUUCAGCCAAUGAGUGUAAGAAUUUUUUUUGUGUUUGUUUUUGGAUGGUAUUAGUGUGUGUGUGUGUUUGCUGUUUUAUAUUUUACGAUUUAACCACUCAGAGUUUUGUAAAUUGGAAGAUAUUUUGUAGAAUAGAGUACAAAGAUUUGCUUGAGCGUUAUUGUCUGUCCUUCUGGUUACUUUGGAAAAGGGAGGGGGCCUCCUAAACAGAUUUUAUUUGUCUAAACAAACUAGUGUGGGAUGCACAGGCCAGAAGGAAAAUUAGCAUUCCAGGUUGAUAGGAGUUUUUGCUUUGCUAUAUAAACUUGGUUGGUACAUUUUCUUAAAGUAUUUUUAUUUACUCUUUUCCACUAUUUGCGGUAGUCUGCUGCUUAAAGUAAAAAAGCUAUGUAUAAACUCAAUAGAUUAUGGAUUACUCAAAUUUUAGUAAUCUUUUGCUUUCCACUGUGGGCUACUCAUGUCAACCACAUAUUAAAGCCUAUAUUUUCACACUGAUUUAUGAUGUAUUGCUAUUUGAUUGUUAUAUUAUUUUCAGCUUUUUGUACUCCUGUUCCUGCUUUUUAUAUUCCAGUGGUGCAUUUAGUAUUUCCUAAACAUUACUCAUGUUAAUUGAUUAUAUUGAUUAUAAUGUUAAUGUAACUUUUGUUGCUGCAAUUUCCCCACAAGAAAAAGCAUUUUCAUCUCUUAUUAAAUUCACUUUUGUUGCAUGUGACUGGUUUCCAUAAAGCCAGGGGUAACAGAGCCAGUUGUGUGAGCUCUGAGACAGGUUAUCCAGAAUCGCCAGUGUUAAGUGUAGUGGGGCUGACAACUUUAAGAGAGAUUUUUGAGAUGGGCCCCAACUAUGGUAUAGUUGCUGUUUUUUUCACUAGCAAAGCAUGGUGAUGGCUGCAUGGUGUGUAAAAGUGCAAAAGGCCGAACUGUUUGUCUACUUUUUGUAAACUCAAAGUGGUGGAUGUAGUAUUGGUGCUUCGAUUCAAGUUGGUUUUAGCACUCAAAAUGGGUGUGCAAUGUUUUAACUUGAUGUUAUGUUUGGGUCACUUUAACUUGCCAAGUUUUACUGAAUAGUUUGAUAUUUAAAAAUGCAGAAAUGUAUUAGAAUUAGUUUUUAGUCUGACAGCAUAAAAUAAGUCAGUAAUUUGAAAGAUGCUUCGGCUAUGAAACUAAAUUCUUUGUUGACUCCAUAUAUAUUCCUGAAUGAAUAGACUUGUGAAUACAAUAUAUGAAUUGACAAUUUUCCAAUCAGGAUAAGAUGAAGAAGCAUGAUUUGGGGAUUUUAAUGCAUGCUAUAAAUGAUAUGUGGAGGUUAUUUUCUUCUGUUUCUUCUGUUAUAUCAAACUGUCAGGCAAUGCCCUGUUCCAAUAUUUAAAGUUAAACUGUGACUUAUUGUAAAGACUCCAAAACAGUUACACACGCAGCCUAUGAACCAAACAUGUAAAUAGUCAUAUGUGUUAUAGUAUUUAUUACUGUAUGUAUUGCUCUUGUUUCCCAUGUUAUGAAUUAAUGGUGAUGAUGGAUUGAAAACGUGCCUUUCUCUAGCUAGCACAACAAAUCUGUAUCUAAGGCAUGCAACUCUAAAAGAGUAGAGUUGUUCUUUGGGCUGAUUUAGAUUUUUAUCAUAACAACUGUUAAAUCACGUUGCCUUUGAAUUAUAUACAAUAAAUGUGUGCACAUCGUUAUACAAGAAUCACAACAAUGCCUUUUCACAGAAUAUGUAUUUAGAAGUUUUCUCUCUCUCGCUCUUUUGGGGAUGUCAUGUUUUUGCACACUUGUGCCUGAAGUUAUUAAAGACAAAAGACAUGUUGCUUCUUCUUCGAUUACUGGCAUUAUCUAGAACAACUUUUUAUGUCUUUAAUAGUGUUAUGCAAUAUGACUGCGAUAAUACUGUAAGACGAUAUUAAUUCGUCAACCGUCAGGCAUUUUUACUGGUAAUAAUGAUGUAGUUAUCCCUUUUAUAUUUCUUGAUGUAUUACACCCUUGCAAUGUUGCAGAUUAAUAAACAUGACUUUUUAUGGUU